UGGCAGCUCACCCUCCAGAGAAGAGUUCGAGACUCAGGGAGAUCCCUCGGAUUUAGGCCUCGCCGACGUCCCGACUCCACACGGUCCCGGCGGUUCGAGACCCCAGCUGUUCGAGGCCCCUACUGUUUGAGACUCCAGCUGUUGGAGGCCCAGGCUGUUCCAGGACGAGGAGGACCAUGGAGAACAGUUCAUUCCCUCUGGACGUCCUUGACAGUUCUAAAGUUCCACCGGUGGCCACCCCCUCCACCUCCCUGCAGAAGGGCCUGAGAUUCCUCCACAUCCUGUCCGUGGCAGUCUUCAUCGUCGCCUUCCUCCUGGGCACGGCCGGCAACGGGCUGGUCAUCUGGGUGUCCGGCUUCCGCAUGCCCCGCUCGGUCAACGGCAUCUGGUACCUCCACCUGGCCGUGGCCGAUUUCACCUUCUGCCUCUUCCUACCCCUCAGCGUGGCCUACGUGGCCCUGGGCUUCCACUGGCCUUUCGGACGGCUCCUCUGCAAACUCUACAACUCGCUGAGCGUCCUCAACCUCUUCGCCAGCGUCUUCCUGCUGACCCUCAUCUCCGCCGACCGCUGCAUCUGCGUCCUGAGGCCCAUCUGGGCCCGGAACCACCGCACCUGGGCGAGGGCCAACCUGGUGGCUUUGGUUGCCUGGCUCCUGGCCUUGGCCCUCAGCAGUCCCUACGUGGUGUUCCGGGACAUCGCCGUCAGCUCAGGGACCGGAAAGACGGACUGCGUCAUCAACUACGACCCCUGGAAUGAGACCCGGGGGGACCCGGGGCGGAGGCCGGCCGUGGAGGGGCCCCGGUUCUCGGCCGUGGUGCUCACCCGCUUCGUGCUCGGCUUCGUGGUGCCGCUGGUCGUCAUCGGGGGCUGCCAUGGCCUCCUCGCCAGCCGGAUCUGGCGCCAGCGCUUGGCGCGUUCCAAUCGACCCUUCCGGGUCCUCGGGGCUGUGGUGGCCGCUUUCUUCCUCUGUUGGUUCCCCUUCCACCUAGUGUCCCUCAUGAGCCUCGUGUCCAUCCUGGGCCGGCGGUCGGACCUGAACAGCUUCAUGUCCGUCUUGUGGCCGCUGGCCUUCUGCCUGACCUGCGUCAACAGUUGCCUGAACCCCGUGCUUUACGUCUUCCUGGGCCGGGACUUCCGGGAGCGUCUGCUCCACUCCUUGCCCGCCGCCCUGGAGCGGGCCCUCGCCGAGGAGUCCGGCUCUGCUUCCGCCUUGGCAAAAAACACGUUGCCCUCUGUGCCCGCGGACGGCGAGAUCCAAGAGCUGCGGGGGGCCUUGACCUGAAAGCCCGGUCCCCUUCACCCCUCGGGCCGGGAGACGGGGGGGACAGCCUCCUCUCCCUCCCCAUUCUGACUUCCGUGGUUGGGCCGGAACC